AUGACCACAACCGCGACUACCCAGGCCAUCGAGGAGCAGGGUCAUUUCAUUUCUGCCGUUGCAAAGACGCCCCAGCAAGCUGUCGGCGCCCAGGCCGCGCUGGCUACGGGCGGCUACGAGUUCCCCGGAGUCCCCCAGAUCAGCAACCCCUACAAGAAGCGACAGUGGCAGCUCGAGCACAUGGCGGGCGCCUUCCGAGUAUUUGCACGGAAGGGCUUCACGGAGGGCACCAGUGGCCACAUCAGCGUGCGCGACCCUGUCGACCCGUCGACUUUCUGGAUCAACCCAAUGGGCAGGCACUUUGGCAUGCUCAAGUCCAGUGAUAUGGUGCAGAUUAACGAGGAGGGCCAGGUCAUCGGGGGCAACAGGACAGCCAUCAACGCUGCCGGCUUCAUGAUCCACAGUGCCAUCCACCGGGCGCGACCGGACGUACAUGCGGCCUGCCACACCCACUCUCCGGCCGGGAAGGCAUGGUCGACCUUUGGACGUCCGCUAGACAUCAUUAAUCAGGACACCUGUAAUUUCUGGGGCACCCAGGCCGUCUACAAGGCCUUUGGCGGAGUGGUCCUGGGGGCCGAAGAGGGCGUGCGGAUCGCCGAGGCGCUGGGCGACACUGGCCGGGUGAUGGUGCUCCAGAAUCACGGCCUUUUGACGACGGGCGGCACGGUUGACGAGGCCGCCUAUCUGUUCACCUUGAUGGAGCGCUCCUGUGAGGUGCAGAUCAUGGUGGAAAGCACGGGUCUUCCUAAGAACCUAAUCGGAGAAACAGAGGCGAAGUUCACUGCCCGGGUGAACGCCGACGCGGAGACCCUGUACACCGAAUUCCAGCCCGACUUGGAAUAUGAGAUUUGGAAGUCGAACGGGGAGCUCUGCAAGGGAGAUUAG